AUGAGGUUUCUUGCCCAUUCCGCGUCGAUCGACUUCCAGGUAGAAAAGGCAACUCGCAGCAACCCGUCUACCCAAUAUUCUCUCGCUCCUCACAUACUUCACACGUCCAUAUUCGCAAACAUGGCCCGCAUUUCUAUGAGGGAGUUCAUGCGCAGGCAGCGGUCUACGACCCCGCCCGUCCUCAAGGCGGACCUCUCCGGCAAAGUUGUCAUUGUCACCGGCGCCAACGUCGGCUUGGGGUUCGAGGCAGUCAAACACUUUGCGCGUAUGAACCCCGCGAAGAUCGUCAUAGCGUGCAGGAGCCAGGCGAAGGGCGAAGCUGCACUCGCAAACUUGAAGCGCGAGACGGGGUACACUCGCGGAGAACUUCGAUUGCUCGAUCUGAGCGACUUCCAGUCUGUAAUACGCUUCGUGGAGAAGUUUGAGGCGGAGAACGAGCGACUCGACAUUCUGGUCAAUAACGCUGGCAUCCACAACUUCCAGUAUGAGGCGCUGCCUACAGGCGUUGAGGCGACGGUGCAAGUCAACCAUCUGUCCACGUCCCUGUUGUGCAUUCGCAUGCUUUCUCUCAUGCACAAGACUGCCACCGAGUUCAAUACUCGCCCGCGCAUCGUCAUCGUCACCAGCGGCACGCAUUACAAUCUUGACAUGCCUCCGGCGGUUGUUCAGUCUCCCCGCAUGUUUGACAAGCUCUCGGAACCGCAAUACUGCGCAAAUAAGAGCGUCAUGGCCGAGCGGUACAACCUCACGAAGCUCAUCAACGUCUUCUUCACCCGCGCGCUCGCUGCGCAUCUUCCAGCCGACUCCCCAAUCAUCGUAAACAGCGCGAACCCGGGCUUCUGCUACUCCGAGCUGCGCCGUACGGCGCCGGCCAUGCUAGGCGCGUUCCUCCAUCUCAUGGAGUACAUGAUGGCCCGCACCACCGAAGAAGGUUCGAGGCAGUACAUUUGGGCCGCUCUUGCGGGGGAGGCCGGUGAUGCGACGCCGGUGGAUAAGUUGCGGGGGGCCUUCGUGAGUGAAUGCAGGGUCACCGAACCUAGCAGCUAUAUCUUCACCAAGGAAGGUGAAGACUGCCAGCGGAGGAUUUGGGACGAGACGAUCGAGAUUCUUCGGUCAGCGGACCCGAAAGUCAGCGACAUCCUCAAGAGCGAGCUAGACAAAGCGCAGUGA